AUGGCGUCCAAGGUCGCAGUGAGGCCGCUCGCCGCCGUGAGCGCCUCCAUUGGCCUCAAGCGCGGCUUCGCGACCGCGCAGAGGUCCUUCGACAAGACGCCCUUUCAGCAGUCGCUCCGAGCUGGCUCUAAGCUCGACAAGCAGCAAUUGCGCGCGGGCUUCCGGAGAGGAUUCGCGGAUAAGCUGCCCAACAAGGAGCAGGUCAAGAAGAGGUCGUGGGGAGUCUUGAAGUGGACGUGGAGAUUGACCUAUCUCUCUGUGCUGGGAGGGCUGGGAUAUACCGCGUAUGGCAUCUGGCAGAACCGCAAUCCCGUCGAGCAGCAGGAGCCUGAUCCUACCAAGAAGACGCUGGUCGUGCUCGGAACCGGCUGGGGCUCUGUCUCUCUGCUCAAGAACCUGGACACUGAGAACUACAACGUCGUUGUCAUAUCCCCGCGCAACUACUUCCUCUUCACGCCUCUCCUGCCAUCAUGUACGACCGGAACGAUCGAGCACCGCAGCAUCAUGGAACCGAUCCGCAAUUUCCUCCGUCACAAGAAGGCUUCUGUGAAGUACUACGAAGCUGAAGCGACCAAGAUCGACUACGAGAAGAAGAUUGUCUACAUCAGCGGUGACUCUGAUAUCAAGGGCACCAUCUCCCAGAACGAAGUGCCAUUCGAUAUGCUGGUUGUUGGUGUCGGUGCUGAGAACGCGACUUUUGGUAUCCCUGGUGUGCGCGAGCAUGGCUGCUUCUUGAAGGAGGUUGGCGAUGCGCAGAAGAUCAGGAAGCGAAUCAUGGACUGCUGCGAGACUGCGACUUUCAAGGAUCAAUCGCCGGAUGAGGUCAAGCGCCUGUUGCACAUGGUUGUCGUCGGCGGCGGCCCAACUGGUGUUGAGUUCGCCGGUGAGCUGCAAGACUUCUUCGAGGAGGACCUCAAGAAGUGGAUACCCGAGAUUCAGAACAGCUUUCACGUCACCCUGGUUGAAGCCCUGCCAUCCGUUCUGCCCAUGUUCUCCAAGAGCUUGAUCGACUACACCGAGAAGACUUUCAAGGAGGAGACGAUUGAGAUCAGGACGAAGACGAUGGUCAAGAAUGUCACGGAAACGUACAUUGAAGCUGAAUACACGGAUGCGAACGGCCAGAAGCAGAUCGAGAAGAUCCCAUACGGACUCCUUGUCUGGGCUACUGGUAACGCAAUUCGGCCAAUCGUGAAGGAUCUCAUCAACCAGAUCCCAGCUCAAAAGGACUCCCGCCGUGGUCUUGCCGUCAACGAGUAUCUCGUGGUCAAGGGCACCGAGAACAUCUGGGCCGUCGGAGACUGCGCCGUGGCCAACUAUGCCCCAACCGCCCAGGUCGCCGGUCAAGAAGGAGCGUUCCUCGCACGACUGUUCAACCAAAUGGCCAAGACCGAGGAGAUCGAGCUCAAGCUCAAGGACCUUUCCGAGGAGCAGGGCAAAGCACCCAACAAGGAGGCCCGGGAUCAGGUCUUUGAGGAGAUCAAGGACCUGCAGAAACGUCUGCGCCGCGUCAAGCAGAUGGGUCCUUUCGAAUACUCCCACCAAGGCUCUUUGGCGUACAUUGGCAGCGAGAAGGCCGUUGCUGAUAUCUCGUGGUUGACGGGUAACCUUGCCAGUGGUGGACAGUUGACCUACCUCUUUUGGCGGUCGGCGUAUCUGAGCAUGUGCUUUAGCACACGAAACCGCGUCCUGGUCUUCAUGGACUGGAUCAAGUCGUACAUAUUUGGCCGUGACGUCUCGAGAGAGUAG